AUGGCAGCGCCCAUACCACAUUACUUGCAGUAUCCCGCGUUUGACUGCCGUAGUGAAGCAGUCGGGAUACGGUGGACUAAAUGGAUCAAUCGACUCAAAAACAAUAUAUUCGUAGCCUACGAUAUCUCCGACGAUACAAGGAGGAAGGCACUGAUGUUAACACAAGCAGGGGAUGAGAGUCAUGAAAAGGAGCUAAGUGAUCCUAAACUUACGCUGAGCCAGCUAGUGGAAUUUGCUAGAACAUUGCAGCUGACUGACAAUCAACACAAGGAAAUGACUUCCAACAACAACGACGGUCAGGCCAGCACAACAGCUCCUGUUAACAGGAUACAGCGGAAGAAGCCACAGGCAUACAAGUCAAGUUACCGCAAGGCGCAAUCAAACUCAGGGCAACCGGCAUCUGAUAACAUUUGUGUGAACUGCGUCGUCGGUGUCAAUGGCGUACCGAUCAACAUGAUGAUUGACACCGGAUCAUCAGUAGAUGUAGUCGACGAAUCAACAUGGCAGAAGCUACAGCCGUCCCCCACUCUCGAAGACGCACACACAACUCUCAUACCAUAUGGCUCGAUCAACUGGGAAGCUUUCACUUCUUGUCAGUAUCCAGGACUCAGUGAGGGCGUUGGCAAGCUAAAGAACUUCUCUGUAAAAUUUCACAUUGAUGACUCCGUACAGCCAAUAGCCCUACCACACAGGAGAGUGCCCUUCCACUUGAGACAGAAAGUGGAAGACAAAGUGCGUGAACUCGAGGAUUUGGAUAUAAUAGAGGAGGUCGAGGGCCCGACCCCUUGGAAUGCCAUCAGAGAUACACUCAAGGGACUGGACGGUGUCUUGAAUGUUAGCGAUGACAUUCUAGUGUACGGUAGAAGCAACGAGGAGCACGACAAACGUCUGCACGCCACACUUCAGAGACUGCACACCUGUGGACUCACUAUCAAUAAAGACAAGUGUCGAUUUGGUCAGUCAUCACUGACAUACCUUGGCUACACCUUCAGCAGGGAAGGGGUCUCACCUGACCCACAAAAGGUCUCAGACAUUCAGAAUGCUCCUACCCCGGAGAACGCGACAGAAGUCCGAUCUCUUUUGGGCCUCGCUAAUUACUGUGCAAGAUUCAUACUAAGCGUUGCGUCAAUUACUGCGCCACUCCGGGAACUCGCCAGAAAAGACACUGAAUGGUCAUGGACCCAGAGGCACCAAGAUGCCCUAGAGGAUCUCAAAUCAGCUCUCACGUCAGACGCUGUGAUGGGCUAUUUUGACCCAACAAAACAAUCUGAGGUGCUAGUAGAUGCCAGCCCGGUAGGUGUUGCUGCAGUUCUGACUCAAAAGUCGGGUGACGAGAUGACUGUUAUAAGCUAUGCCAGUCGAGCGUUGUCUUCAGUUGAACAACGAUAUUCCCAGACUGAAAGGGAGGCACUAGCAGUCGUGUUUGGCUGCGAAAAAAUCCACCUGUACCUUUAUGGCAGUCACUUCAUCAUCCUUACCGAUCAUCGACCUCUCUUAGGGAUUUUCAACAACCCUAGGUCUACACCACCAGCUCGGAUCGAACGCUGGGUGUUGCGGCUUCAACAGUAUGAUAUGAUGCUACAGUACCGUCCAGGCAAGGAUAACCCAGCAGACUUUACAAGCCGACAUCCUGGGAACAGUGCAUCAUGCAGCCGUGCAGAGAUAAUCGGUGAAGAGUACAUUAACUUCCUGGCACAGGCAAGCACUCCUAUUGCCUUGACCCUUGAUGGGAUCAGAGCAGCAACUGCUGGUGAUAAGGAAAUGCAAGAUGUCAUAAAGGCCAUCAGAUCNGACAUUCACAUCAAGCCCUCCAUCAGUCGAUUGAUGCGAAAUGGGCACCUGGGACAAAAUCGAUACAGCUGA